UCAUACUGCUCGAUAAAACAGUACGAUCACAGAGUAGUACCUGCUAACGGAAAGAUUAUAUGCAAAGAUGAAUACAGCAUUCGCAUGUGUUGCAGUAUUAUUAAUAGUGCUGUUUUCACAUCGUGUUGCAGCUAUUCCUGCAAACAAACAUGCUUUAAGUAUAAUUCGUCAGAUCAACAGGGACGGCCCAAGGAUUGCUGUGCUCACUGUUUACCCACCAGAAGAGAAGGCUUUCUUUGCUUCAGGAGUCCUCAAACCACAUUCUAAAUACCCUUUUGUUGAUUUAUCUGGGAGGAGAUUUCGCAUAGGAACAAUAUACAACAAGAAGAUUGUGUAUGUGCGAUGCGGUGUAGGACUUUUGAAUGCAGGGGUGACAACUCAGAUGUUAGCAGAUCUGUUUAAUGUAGUGGGUGUUGUACACUUCGGCAUUGCUGGUAAUGCAAACUCCUCCCUUUCAGUAGGAGAUGUCACAGUGCCAAAGUAUGUGGCUCACACAGGAGUAUGGGAUUGGCUGAAAGCCAAUGGGGAGGAGGAGGAAAACAACAUGGGGCACUUGAAGGUGGGAGACUACAAUGUUCCCCAAGGAAAUAAAACUAAUCUCUUGGGAAAGAUCUCCUAUGACCCAGAGGAGUUUUACAGAGAAACUGGGAAACCCAAUAUACCAGAAGACUUACUCUGGGCCGAAACAAGUCAGGAAUGGUUUGAGCAUGCAAGCGAACUGCUUAAGGGAUUCAAAUUGGUAUCCUGCUUGAACACAACUGUUUGUCUUCCAAGGCCAGCUAACAUUGUCUUUGGGCAGAGGGCAUCAUCUGCAAAUAUUUUUGUAGAUAAUGGUUCUUAUAGGGAGUUUCUUGUAAGCCACUUUAAUGUUUCCUCUGUUGAUGAAGAGAGUGCAGCAGUAGUUAUGACCAGCCUAUCAAAUAAAUUAAAAGUCAUUGUUUUCAGAGGCUUGUCUGACUUGGCUGGAGCACAGAAGGGUGAGAAUGCAAUAUAUGAAUUUGGACCCCUUGCAGCUAAGAAUGCUGUGAAAGCUACACUGGAGUUCAUAAGGAGGUUUCCUCAUUUUACUCUCUGAAAACUCUCUCAACACAAGGAUCUUGACUUCAGGAAAGUAGCAUUGUGCCAGAUGGUUUUGCUUACAUCACUUGAAUCAUAUAGUGCUUUGUAAUUCAUGAUACAUUUUGCACUGCUCUGUGCCCACUAGGCAUUGAAAGUGAAUCAUACUAAUUUCCAUCUAGUGCUUUGUGAUUGAUGAUAUAUUUUUGCUCUGCCCUGCCUCCAUUAGGAAUUCCAUGCAGAGUCCAAUAAGAGUCAAAUUGAUUGUGAAACUUAUGUAUUAAGAAUACAAUAGGAGGCGACUUCAUAAGAACUGAGAACUGCAGUGAUCAAUUAUAAUACAUGAUUCCAAUAAGCAUAAUGAUUUUUUCCCACCAAGUCUUCUGAAGUGACAUAGGAUGAAUAACUUACGUUGGAAAUUGAGAGAAAGAUAAAAUAAGACGAAAUAAAUCCGUGGAAGGAGAGGUAUAUUGCUACUAA